CUGUUGGGCGACCAGUUUCUUUUGGACGUGGCUUGCUUGUUGGGCUCCCGUUGUAUUCUUGCGCUUUUUGUGCACUUCGACAUCCCGCCACUGCACUAUUGGACUAGGAAAGGUCAGGAAUUCGUCGCAGUCCGAUGUGAGGACGGAACGGCGCGCGUAUUCGACGCAUACUGCCCACAUUUGGGCGCCCACCUGGGAAUGAUGGGCCGUGUGGCGGGAGACAUCAUCGAGUGUCCUUUCCACGGAUGGAAGUUUGAUUGUAAAAGCGGAUCUUGCACCCACGUGCCGUACUUCGCCAAAGCCCCUUCUUUCGCCAAGGUGAAGGUCUGGAUGUCUAAGGAACUCCUCGGCCUGGUGUUCGUAUGGUACCACGCAGACGGCAAGGCACCCUCAUGGGACGUACCAGAGGAUAUAUUGAGCCGCACUCUGGAGUCGAAGUCUACGGGUCGAUUCGAGCACUCGGUGCACUGCCACAUCCAGGACAUAGCUGAGAAUGGUGCCGACUCGGGUCACUUCAACAAGGUCCACAAGGCGAGCAGCUUGGUCAACGGCACCGAGUUCGAGAAGAACAUGGGCGAGUCGUGGAAGGGCCGCCUUUUCCAGCACCAAUGGGUGGCUACAUGGAGCCCAAACAAGCACGAGGCUAUGGUGGUCAUUGAGGCCUUCAUAUCUAUCCUCGGCUGGAAGCCCGACUAUCUGCGUCAUCAAGUCGAGGCUCGCCAGGUACAUCCAAACAACGACCCGCCGUGGUUGCUCA